AUGGACUUGAAGAUAGCAGGAAAGUAUAGGAUCGGACGAAAGAUUGGAGGUGGUUCAUUCGGAGAGAUCUACUUGGGAACAAACAUCGUCACCAAUGAAGAGGUUGCCAUUAAAUUAGAACCAGCAAAGGCUAUUCAUCCUCAAUUGUUGUUUGAAUCAAAGCUCUACAAGAUAUUCGCUGGAGGCAUCGGUAUCCCCUCUGUAAAGUGGUUCGGAUUCGAUGGAGACUACAACAUCAUGGUCAUGGACCUUCUUGGUCCAUCCUUGGAGGAUCUCUUCAACUAUUGUGGACGCAAGUUCUCAUUGAAGACCGUUCUUAUGCUCGGCGAUCAAAUGAUACGAAGAAUCGAAUUCAUACAUGCCAACAACUUCAUUCAUAGAGAUAUCAAGCCAGACAACUUUUUGAUGGGCAUUGGCAAGCGCGGUCAUGUUGUGAACUUGAUCGACUUUGGUCUGGCCAAGAGAUACCGUGAUCCAAGAACGCAUCAGCACAUCUCGUACAGAGAGAACAAGAACCUGACAGGUACAGCGCGUUACGCCAGUUUGAACACGCAUCAGGGUAUCGAGCAGUCAAGACGUGACGAUCUCGAGUCGCUGGGCUACGUUCUCAUGUACUUCAACCGUGGCUCACUCCCAUGGCAAGGUCUCAAGGCGUACACCAAGCGCGAGAAGUACGAGAGGAUCUGCGACCGCAAGGCUCACACAGACCUGGAGGCACUCUGUCAGGGAUUCCCAUCCGAGUUCCACUCAUUCCUGAACUACACUAGGUACCUCAGAUUCGAGGACAAGCCAGACUACCUCUAUCUCCGCAAGCUCCUUCGUGAGAUGUUCGUUAGAGAGGGAUACAAAUAUGACUAUAUGUUUGACUGGGUGAUCAUUAGGAAGCUGCGCGAGAAGCCCCCAUUAUAUAACGCACCAGGAACUGCACCAGUGUCACCAACCGGAGCAAUCACAGCAAGUGACAACAAAGAUAGCAAAGAUAAGGAUCUCUCAAUGAUUGUGGAGCGAUCAACAACCAACGUAGCCAACUCAUCUGCACAUCCAUCGACAUCGAUAUCAGACAAGUCCAGACAAGUUGAAACGUCAACGCAACCAACAGUACAACCAACAGCACCACCAGCAGUUGCGACCACGACAUUCACCAGACAAAAGAGAGUAGUGUCCUACACUCCAACAUCAGUUGCCAAACCUCCUCAA